AAACACACGCUUCCUUAGUUGGCGCGAUCAAUCACACACCGGUUCGGAGCUACGACACGGGGUAUAAUCGUCUGUACAUAAAAUUUGUCUCUUCCGCAACUCCAUAGAGUUCUUUCAUGCCGACCAAUCCCUAAAUUCUCACCUACAGUAAUUAAUUACUUUUUGUGGACUUCUAAUGUUUUUUUUUUUUUCUUCUUUUCUCGAGAAAUAUCGAAACUGAGAAAACAAUUACUCGAGAGUAUCCAACCUUGGAAUUCGCUGUGUCGUCAAAUUUGAUUUCUUUCCUAUUGUCGUCAUCUUCUUCCGAUGCCAGAGAAAGUAGUGAUUCCGUCUCCGGCGCUGAGUCAUCUUCAUCAAUGGAGCUUAGGCGCUCUAACAUCACUCGUCUUCUUCAUAAUGGUUGUCGUAUGGAGCAUUGACGGUUGUACACUCAAAAGCUUCAUCGAAUCGUGGAGAUUCAACUCUUACUCCAUGCGACUCACUUCUCCUGCUUCACUGAAACCAAAACCUCAUCCUCUUGUUCUGGAUCCGACCCGGGUGAAGCUUUCCUGGAUCUCCGUCGAGCAAGAGCAGAACUUCACGGCGAAUUUUCUCAGAAACUGGUUGGCUCCGGGAGGAGAGAAGUGCAGAGAAGCAGAAACUGUCGAGAUUCAAGUUCCGGGAAUCGACGGGAUGGAUUUAGUUGAGUUAACGGCUGGUAAGAUUCACGAUUUCAGAUUUCAGUCUUUAGACGUUUAUGGGAAACGAGUUUGUAUCAGUGGAGAUUACUUCGAGACUGAUCUCUCCGGCGAAAACUGGAAAUCGAGACCACCGGUGAAAGAUUUAGGAAACGGAACUUACUCUUUAUCUCUUCAGGUUCAUCCUGAUUUCGCCGGAGAUUACAAUCUCACCGUUGUUUUGCUCUUUCGUCACUUUCAAGGUCUUAAACUAAGCCCCGCGCGUUUCGCUUUCGAUAGAAAGCUACGUAGUUUCAGAUUACGGUUUAUCAAGAAACCUGACGUUGUUUUGCCGGAGCUUCGAAGAUGUGUUCGGUCUGAUUUCGGCAGAGACGUUUGGUCUGGUCGGUGGGUUAGGCUUGGUAAGAACGAGGAAUGCGAAAUCAGCAACGACGGACGGUACCGUUGCUUACCGGCUAAUUUCCCUUGCCGGAGACCAUGGUGUGGUGGAGCUUUAGCUGACUUAGAGAGCAAUGGUUGGGUUUACUCCAGCCAUUGCUCGUUUAAGCUCUUCUCAGGCGAAUCAGCUUGGGAUUGUUUGAAGAACAAAUGGAUCUUCUUCUGGGGAGAUUCCAACCAUGUUGAUUCGAUUAGAAACUUGUUGAAUUUUGUUUUGGGUCAUCCGGAGAUUAGGGCUGUGCCGAGGAGGUUUGAUUUGAAGUUCUCGAAUCCGAAGAACUCGUCCGAAACAGUGAGGAUCACGAGUAUCUUCAAUGGACACUGGAACGAGACUCAAAACUAUCAAGGUCUUGAUUCACUUAAAGAUGAGGCCUUUAGAGAAUUGCUUAAAAGCUACUUCGUAGAAGAGACCGGUGUACGAGACUUAAUGAUCGUUAACUCGGGUCUACACGACGGCGUUCACUGGUCUAACCUUAGAGCGUUCACAAAAGGAGCAGAAACCGCGGCUGCCUUUUGGAGAAGCGUUUUCGACUCGGUGAAAGCUCGCGGAUUCCGCCCGCCUGAAGUGAUUUUUAGGAACACUAUUGCCACAGGCGGUUACGCGAGGUUGCUUGCGUUUAACCCGAGCAAGAUUGAAGUGUACAAUGGUGUGUUUUUGGAGAAAAUGAAGGAACUAGGAUUAGUCUCGGGUGUGAUUGAUAACUUGGAUAUGACUUAUCCGUGGCACUUUGAUAACCGGUGUAACGAUGGGGUUCACUACGGGAGAGCUCCAGCAAAGAUGCGGUGGAGAGAUGGCGAGAUUGGGCAUCAGUACUUUGUGGAUCUCAUGCUUGUUCAUGUCUUGCUAAAUGCAGUUUGUGUAAGAUAAAAAGAGUAGAGUAGAGAGAGCUGUUUUAAGUUUUAGGAGCCUAGGAGAUUCUUUUAUUUCUCUUCUCUAGACUUUCUUGAUUAUGUUGUAUAAAUACAUUUGGUAUGUUAGUCAAAGCCGAAAUACAAAAAUAAUCCGUUUACACACCAAUUUUUUUUUA